AUGGCCCAGAAAUUGCCCCUCGAGGGACUGCCGGCCGUGAAGCACUUAUCCAAGGUCCCGUCUCUAGAAGUUUUGAAGAGUGGACUGCUUGGAAGUCUGGAAGGUAGUCUGGACGGUUGCCAAUGGGACAAGGGGGACAUUUUGGCAUCGAUUCCGGAUACUGUUGAGCAAGCUGAACGUUCUUUGCACCUCUUGCACGCUCUACUAACACAGGUGCCUGGUCCAUGGCCCACGAUACCACUUAUACGAUGUUAUGCAAGACUCUCGAAGCUCCUACCUAAACAACUCAAGUCAAAUCCUGCAAGAGAGGUUGCGAAGUUUAGGCAAACGAUAUCGGCGAUGAUUAAAGACUCAUACGGGUCAUUGUUGGAUUUUAUUUGUCACGAUUCACGUCCAGCGCUGCGAGCAACGAAUCCAGACCAAUUUAUUACACAUAAAGGGUUGCAUGACUUUGUCGCAACUUUCCCCCUGGCUGUCGGCCCUGCGGAACGGAAACCGGUUGUUGCUAUUGCCCUUCCCAAUGGACCGCUUCUGGCGGCAACAUGCAUCGCCGUCACUACCUAUCACACUGCUGCCCCGAUCAACCCAAUGGCUGGGAUAGAGCAAUUUCGAGCCGACGUGCUACAGUCAGGUGCAAAGGUCAUCUUGACCAGCUCACAGGACUACGAGAAGUUACAGCUAGGAGAUGAAUGGGCCAGUGACGAAAAUAUAGAAAUUUUCGUCGUUGACUGGAAUAAUCGUGAUGACAUUCGUAUUCUCAAUACUGCCGGACAUGUUUUGAAGCCCCACGACACACGCCCACGACCAAAUGCACCUGACGAUAUUGCCUUGAUCCUUUUUACUAGCGGUACAUCCGGAACGAAGAAGGUCGUUCCAAUGAAACUGCAUUCGAUAGUUGCUGGAGUGGUAUUUGUCAUGGAUUCCUGGGCUCUGAGCCCAGUAGACACAUGCCUGAAUAUGAUGCCCCUGUAUCAUGUAUGUAUGCCAAUAUCAACACCACCGCUUCAGCUUGAGUCUGGUCGAGAAGGAACUUCCGGCAUCAGCAUCGGCCCGGAGCUUACUAUACUGGACUUGUCAGAUUGCAAGGUCGGCCCUGGGGUGGUUGGCAGGAUUUGCGUCCGAGGUGACCCUGUUUUCCCUGGCUAUUUGCUGCCCGACGGCUCGUUCGAUAAAUCUUCGUUUAACACUGACGGGUGGUUUGAUACGGGUGAUUUGGGCUACAUGGACAGUGACGACUACCUUUACAUUACGGGAAGAAGCAAAGAAGUUAUUAACCGCGGGGGAGAAAUAAUUUCGCCCUUUGAGGUUGAAAAUGCAAUCAUGAACGCGUCACUAUCACCAACCUCCCCCAUCAAGGGCAAAGUCAGCCAAGUAAUGGCAUUCUCAGCAUCACAUGACGUUCUUCAGGAGGUUGCCGCUGUGGUGCUCGUAACACCGCCUGGUAAACCCAGGGUUGACUUGAAAAGACUUCAGAACGCACUACGCUCCUCGUUGCAGCAAGUAAAGUGGCCGACACUAAUAGUAUACAUGGAUGACCUACCAAAGAAGAACAAUAAGGUGCUACGAAUCAAACUUGGGCAAAGGCUUGGUUUGCCGGUCCUUAGCGAAAACAUACCAUACCUGCGAAGACACUGGGAGGCAAUAUGCCCUGCUCCUGACACGGCGUUGUCUGUGUCGAUUGAAUGUGCUCCCUGUUGUAUUGACCCGGAGGCAAUACAACAAUCACUGGGUGCCGCAGCAUCGGCUGAUGUGAGAUGCCACGUGCGCCGGCGAAGUACAGAGGAUAUGCCGGAACUAUUCUGCGCUCCAGCGAAACGGAUUUACCCACCGCCUUCCACGGCGUUCGCGACAGACCUGAAAGAACAUCUCUGUGGCUCCCUUCAUAACUACAUGGUACCGGAAACAGUUCACUUACUAGAAGAGCCGCUUCCUGCCGAUGAUGGAGGACGAGUGGACGAUGACAAACUCCAGGUUGUGGUGGAUAGAUUGCUUGAGGCGUCUAUGGACAAGCUGGCCGAUUCAACAGAGGGAAAGGUGGCCAAAGUGUUUGCGAAUAUGCUCUAUUGCCACCCUGCUCAGUUGCCCAGAGACAUCGAUUUUUUCAGUCUUGGUGGCGACUCUCUCCGUGCCGGCCGUCUUUCUUCAGCUGUGAGGAGCGAAUUCGGCAUUCAGAUUCCCAUCAACGUCAUUUUUAACUCUGGCUCUAUUCAAGCCAUUUCGGCCUACGUGGACAAGGUUGCGCCAACAAGCAUAGCUAGCGGGACUGAAGACGAAGUCGUUGGAUGUACAAAAACGAACAGCUCGACAAAUCCAUUCCUGAUGGCGAUUCAACUGAUCCCCCUCGUCAUCUUGUAUCCGCUACGCCGCGCUUUCCAAUGGACCAUAUUUAUCGUGGCGUUUAGCUGUACGCAGGGUUGGCCAACCAAUACAACUGCUCCCGGCCGGCUCCUCAAUCUCACACUGAGUAUUCUAUUUUCUAGAAUGGUCGUCAGGCUUGUCGCUCCCUUCGUAGGUAUCCUUGCCAAGUGGAUCAUCAUAGGCCGGUAUCGUGAAGGCCUCUACCCGAUGUGGGGGUCAUAUCAUACGAGAUGGUGGAUGGUCCAGAAGGUCGUCAGUGUCACUGGCAAAGGGUGGUUCGGCUUGAAUGAUACGACCCAGACGUGGUACUGUAAACUCAUGGGUGCGAGAAUUGGAAAGAAUGUCAAGCUUGCCGGAGCAUCAUUGGGGGAGUGGGAUCUUCUAGAUAUCCGCGACAGCGCCGUCCUGAGUCGCUGCAUAUGCCGACCCUUUGCAGCCGAAGGAAACACAUCCAUGUAUCUAGGAAAAAUCACUAUCGGAGAGCGGUCUUCUGUUGGAACAUCAUCCAUCGUAGCGGCCGGCACGGAAGUCCCCCCAAACACGUGCAUUGGACCAAACUCUUCAAGUUGGGAGUUGCAGGAUGCGGACGAAGAAAACCGACACCUUUCACAGGGUACGGUACCACGACCUCACUGGCUGCUGACGAUUCUGCUUACUACACCCUUGCGGCUGAUAUCUUGGUUCUUGUCUCUCACGCCUUGGAUUGGAGGGUUGGUUGGCAUGGUUGUUCAGAAGCCUGCGGUUGCUGGUACGCCGAUUCGAAACAUGCUGGAUUGGUUUACGGAACCCAGACGUGUUGCAUUUCACUAUCUCGCUUUGAUUCUGAGGUCUUUUUUCAGCCCCUUUAUCGUAUUCGCGUUCUCGAUAUCCGUCAAACUUGUUCUGGAUGCGAUAUUUGGGAAGCCCAGUCUGCUCCACCAGACAGAACAUGACGGUACCAUUUCGACCUGGCGAGCAAAUCUGAUGAAGAGCCUUUUGCCCGCUUCUCGACUGCGUGAUAUGACGGCAAUGUUUGGUCAACACUACGAAGCGACGUCGAUUGCGCUGCGUAUGCUGGGGAGUAAGAUUGGUAAACGAGUUUACUGGCCGGGAACCGGACCUAGCAUCGGCGACUAUCACCUACUCGAUGUGGGCAAUGAUGUGGUAUUCGGCUCUCGAGCACAUCUCAUAACAUCUGAUGGCAUGGGGUCUGAGCCCAUUGUAAUUAGGGACGGCGCUAUGAUUGCAGAUAGAGUCUGUCUCCUUCCCGGAGUAGAUAUUGGCGAGCGAACCACGAUGGGAUCUGGUGCCUUGACAAGCAGAAACAAGAAAUAUAAGGCUGGUGCUACAUACGUAGGAUCGAAAGGACGCGAUGCCAUAUGUUUAUCAGCGGGAGACAGAGCGAAGCAGAACCCCCGACAAAGGAUCCGUCAUCUGGGCAGCGACGAUACUUUGGUCGGUAACCGAAGCAUUUCCAAGACACUGUCACCAGGAACGCGAAUCCAACGUAUAAGCAGUGACGACACUUUAACCGAGUCGCACACAUCGGAGAACAUGGAGUCUUUCCAGACUAGUGGUGGUGGUGGUGGUGAUACGGACGACGAGUCGCGCGUCCCUGAAACAAUCUCGCCGUUUGGGAAGGCUUUCUAUCUAAAGCUGGCUCCAUAUUGUGUUCUUGGACCCUUCGCCAUCUUCUGCUAUUCUUCGUUUAUGACCGUAUUUACUGCUUUCUACUGGAACAUACCAAACAUCUCUUCGAUUCAGUUGGUGGACUAUCUUAUGAAUCGGUUCAUUGCUCGAAACAACAGCAUCCUUUACGAGACCGGGGUGCUGUUUAGCUUGUGUACACUUGUCUUUGCUAUACUGACAUCGCUUCAAGCUAUUUUGACACUUUGUAUUGUCAUAGCAUCAAAGUGGGUAUUGAUUGGUUGGCGACAGCCUGGCAAUUAUGACUGGGACAAGUCACCGUACUGCCAACGGUGGCAGCUCUUCCUAAGCAUUGAAAGGCUCCGCAAACACUGUUAUCGUGGCCAGGGCAUUCUUGGUCUCUUGACUGGCACAAACUGGAUAGUCCUGUACUUUCGAGCCCUGGGUGCUAAAAUCGGAAACGACUGCGCGUUGUUUGCAAAUGGCCGCCCGAACUUAAUGUUUACUGAGCCAGAUCUAAUCACUCUUGGCGACAGGGUGACCGUAGAUGACGCCAGUGUCGUUGCUCAUAUUAACACACGUGGUAAAUUCGAUCUCAAUCGCUUAGAAAUUGGGAACCGUUGCGUUUUACGAACUGGCAGCCGGCUGCUCAGCGGGGCAAAGAUGAAAGACGAUAGCUGCCUGCUCGAGCACACACUAAUUAUGGGUGGUGAUACGGUAGAAAACAAUUGGACAAUGCAGGGCUGGCCAGCGACUAGAUACAGUGGACAUAGAACAAAAUAA